UUUCUAGUUCCCGCCAAAUGUUUGGGCAGCGUCUUCAAUGGAUGUUGAAACUGUGUGGUGAAUGCAGCUUACGAAAAAAAAAACAUUUAGUCUGACGCGUAACCAUUAGCAGCAUUAUUCGCGCUGUGCAGUCCUCGUGGAAGGCAUGGACCAACGCGCGAGACACGUGCUUGCGUAGAUACCUGGUAGAAGAAGCAAGACCAAAGCUAGUGCGUCGAAGCCACUAUUGGCGGUGAAGUUCAGAAGGCCUGCUCGUUAACUGCUUAAGCGGCUACUCAGCAGCUUUAUAAUUGUCUGGUCACAUCGAUACUCGGCGCUUGUCGUGCUACUUCCAUCCAAGUGUGCUCUUCGCCUUGCCUGAGCUGCUCCUUUCACGAUGGCCAAAGUCCACGUUUGCAACGUUGUGGUGCUGGACAAUCCGUCUCUGUUCUUCAACCCUUUCCAAUUUGAAAUAACUUUCGAGUGCAUCGAAGACCUCAAAGAAGACCUGGAAUGGAAAAUUAUCUACGUCGGCUCAGCUGAGAGCGAAGAUUACGACCAGAUACUCGACACGGUCUACGUGGGACCCGUUCCGGAGGGCAGGCAUAUGUUCGUGUUUCAGGCGGACCCGCCAGAUCCCAACAAGAUCCCGGUGCAAGAUGCCGUUGGGGUCACGGUCGUGCUGCUGACUUGCUCUUACAGGAGCAAGGAGUUUAUCCGCGUGGGUUACUAUGUCAACAAUGAGUACACAGAUCCAGAGCUCAAGGAGAACCCACCAUCAACUCCCCAGUUUGACAGGCUACAGCGAAACAUAUUGGCCACAAACCCACGUGUGACACGGUUCAAGAUCGACUGGGAUGACAACCCCGGUGUUGAAAACAUCCCACCCAGCUCCUCUAAUGUGGACUCCAAUCAGAUGCCAACCUCAGUGUCCGAGGACAGUAUUGGUCCACUUCUCAAGGCCCCUGUGCUGAUGAACGACAGCAACCAAAGCAUGGAAGUUGUAUGAUUGUGCAUCCAUUGUGUGGAAUGGGCUUACUCAUCAUCAUUGCACCUGCUGCGGACCGUGUGGAUUUCAGCCGGGGACUGUGUGUGUUAUCUGCUGUUUCAGAAUGCCGCAUUUGUUUUAAUGUAACUGUAUUUACUUUUCAUUCAUAAAGUUUAUUUCAUACUGCUUC